AUGCCGGGCCCUGUGGAUACGGCGAAGUCGAUCACGAAGAAGCGGAAGAGAAAGCACGGUGGGAACGGACGCGCGACGGCCGAGACCGCAGACGAUGCGAGUCCCCUACCCGCCGCUGAGAACGGGGCCGUGACCGAAUCUUCUGCGAAGAAGGAGGUCAAGGCGGAUAAGAAGAGCGGGAAGGAGAAGGAGAAGGCGCUGAAGAAGCGGAAAGUGAGCCACUCGUCUAGUGACGAGGAAGAGGAGGAGGAGGACGACGAAGCGGCCACUUCUGGUCCCGUGGAUGAGGCCAGCGACGACGAGGCUGAGGUAGAGGAGGAUGGAUCGGAUAAUGAGGAUGGGGACGCUGAGGAUAAGAACGACGCAGAGGCUGCGGAUCUGCCCUCGAUGGAUGCCGUUCGGCUGCCGACGGUCGACGGCGAGCCUCAGAAGUUCACAGAGCUGGGGUUGUCGGAGAAGACAUUGAAAGCCAUCAAUGAGAUGGGCUUCGAGACCAUGACUGAGAUUCAACGGCGGACCAUCCCUCCUCUACUGGCGGGCCGUGAUGUUCUGGGUGCUGCGAAGACGGGAUCCGGAAAGACCUUGUCGUUUUUGAUUCCUGCGGUGGAGAUGCUGAGUGCCCUGCGGUUCAAGCCUAGAAACGGUACUGGUGUCCUUGUCGUCUCUCCCACUCGUGAGCUCGCGCUGCAGAUCUUUGGUGUCGCAAGGGAAUUGUGCCAGCACCACUCCCAGACAUACGGUAUCGUCAUUGGCGGUGCCAACCGCAGAGCCGAAGCGGAGAAGCUCAUGAAGGGUGUCAACCUUCUCAUUGCGACGCCCGGACGUCUCCUGGAUCACCUGCAGAACACCCAAGGGUUUGUCUUCAAGAACCUAAAGACACUUGUCAUCGAUGAGGCGGAUCGGAUUCUGGAAGUCGGUUUCGAAGACGAAAUGCGUCAGAUCGUCAAGAUCCUGCCCUCGGAGGAGAGACAGACCAUGCUGUUCUCAGCCACCCAGACAACCAAGGUCGAGGAUCUGGCGCGCAUUUCGCUCCGACCGGGCCCCCUGUACAUCAACGUGGAUCAUCGCAAGGAGCACAGCACGGUCGAGGGACUGGAACAAGGCUACGUCAUUUGCGAAGCCGACAAGCGUUUCCUGCUUCUGUUCUCCUUCCUGAAGCGCAACCUCAAGAAGAAGAUCAUUGUCUUCUUCUCGAGUUGCAACUGCGUCAAAUACCACGCCGAACUCCUCAACUACAUCGACCUGCCGGUGCUCGAGCUGCACGGCAAGCAGAAGCAACAGAAACGUACCAACACUUUCUUCGAAUUCUGCAACGCCAAACAGGGUACCCUGAUCUGUACCGACGUGGCCGCCAGAGGUUUGGAUAUCCCCGCCGUUGACUGGAUCAUCCAGUUCGACCCCCCAGAUGACCCGAGAGACUACAUCCACCGAGUCGGUCGUACAGCCCGUGGCGCCAACGCCAAGGGCCGCAGCCUGAUGUUCCUGCAGCCGUCCGAGGUCGGCUUCCUCAAGCACCUGAAAGAAGCCCGCGUGCCCGUCGUCGAGUUCGAGUUCCCGGCCUCGAAGAUCGUCAACGUGCAGUCCCAGCUCGAGAAGCUCAUCGGCCAGAACUACUACCUCAACAAGUCCGCCAAAGAAGGCUACCGCUCCUACCUGCAGGCCUACGCCUCGCACUCCCUCCGCUCUGUCUUCGACGUGCACAAGCUCGACCUCGUCAAGGUCGCCAAGGGCUUUGGCUUCUCCACCCCUCCGCGCAUCGACAUCCAGCUGGGCGCCAGCCUGAGCCGCGACAAGAAGCAGCAGCAGCAGGGGCGGCGCAACUACGGCAGCCAGCCCAAUGGUAAAGGCUUGAAGUUCAAGCGCAAGUACGAGGACUAA